CUCUAAACAAUAAUAAAAACAAUUAAAUCACAAACAUAGGUUUAGUUUGUAUCGUGUUUAUGGAUAACAUACAUAAAUUAUGGAAUUUGAUUCUCAUGUUAAUCAAAUUUAUUAAGGAACAAAACAUUUCAGAUACCGUUUAGGAGUAAGAACUCCUUAGUGAAAACAGCCAUCGUAAAUAUUUUAUUUUUGAGGUUAGGCCGGUUAGGCUUAAGUGGAGACUAACCUGUCUCUGAUUACCACUGAACAAAUAACUGAAUGAAUUUCACAAAAGAUCUUCAUGUAUGUGGAGUUUGCAAGAAGAGUUUUAACGACCUAAACUUUUUUCUUGAGCACAAAUCUCAAUGUUCCUCACAUAAUACAAUUGUAUUCUCUCCAAACCCUCAUGAUAUUUCAUUGGAUAAUGGCUUUUUUUGUAAUGAAGCCGUGUUAGAUUUGACUGUACUGGACAAUGGAUCUUUUCUGCCCAUUUUACACUGUGAGAACGAGGAAGUGGUAAGUGAUGCUGCUGACAAUCAGUCUCCUGAUCAAGUCUUCCACGAGAGAUUAUCAGAAAAAACUCAAACUAGCUUAGAAAGCAGCUCACUAGUUCAACCAUGUAAUAGAAGUGAUAAACAAUUAGAAGUAACUAACUUAAAGACACCUGAAAAACAAUCAUCAACAAAACCUGUAUAUAAUGAUGUUCACAAUGACAUAGACGUAACUCUAGCAGUACAGGAAAAUCCUUCCAGAAAAUCUCCAAACUUAAGCAUAAGCACAAAUAUUGUGGAGAAAACACAGCGAUAUGGUGAGGAUGUGAGAGAAAAGACUGUUAAUAACAAAAACAAGAAAAAUAUUUGUAACAUUUGUAAUUUUGUCAGUACCUAUCACAAAGACUUGGUUCGACAUAUGCGAACACACACAGGUGAAAGACCAUAUUUAUGUUCUAUUUGCGGAAAGAAAUUUGCGAGACAAGAUAAGCUGACGUCGCACAAACGUAUUCACUUGGGAGACAAACGAUACAAAUGUCAGCUAUGUAACUACGCUACUACUGACGGUGGUGCGCUCAGGAAACACUCACAAAUACACACAGAUGAACGGCCUCACAGAUGCCAAAUGUGUUCAUACCGAGCCAGGAAUUCAUCUCACAUGAUUGUUCAUCUUCGAACUCAUACUGGAGACAGUCCAUUCUUCUGCCAACACAAGGGCUGUCAGAAAACUUUCAAGACGAGCACAGACCUCAGGAGACAUCUUAAGGUACACAAGAUCAGCUCAGAUUCUCUCUUACACGAUGAUGGAACUCACAGCUAUUCAUGUAAACAUCUGAUCCACAAUGGGAAGUUGUUUAUGAAAUCUCCAAGUUGCCUCAUUUGCCAGGAUUUUACGAAUAAAGAUGUAAUUAAGAAGACAGGAGGGAUGAACAGAAAGCGAGGCGUGUUAGCAACUGUCCGACCACAUAAAUGUUCCUUUUGUAAGGCUUCGUUUGUACGCCAGGACUCACUGCGAAGUCACUUGAAGCUGCACACUCAUCAGGCCCAAGGGUCAAAAGGCAGUGAGUCACCAGUAUUGCCCAAUCCUGGCCCAGAGAUGAGUUCCAACACCCCACCUUCUGCUUUUCUGCAAUGUUACGAUGCAGCGGAUCCCGGAGUCAGCUAACACAGACAACUCAUAGUUAUAGUGCAUAGUAAAAUAAUAUUUUUAUGACAUAUUGUAUAAUUUUAGUUUCUGUAAAUAAAAUGAUUUAUUUAUUUUC